AUAUCCCUACAGGAACAGUGACUGAGAUUAAAUGGGAGGAGGAGCAGUGUGACUCAUGCUUUGGCCAAAGGAAUUAUGGCCCAUUUGGGAUUGGACUCUGCAAGGGAAGGGUGUGUGUGUGCAUUCAUAAAUGCACAUACGACCAGUAUAAAACAGAAACUUCAGCAAGACUUCACUGAUUUUGAGAGUUCAUCAUGUCUCAAGGUGAAGCAGAGGAAGUUAAGAGGCCUGAGGUGAAAGCGGAUGAUUUGAUUGGAGCCAGGGAUAAACUGGCAUCUGGAACAGAGGUGAAGAGCAAGACCUUUGAAGUGAUGCAGGAAUGCGAACAAGCUGGGAAGGUCGCGCCAUCCGUCUUCAGCAAGGCUCGCUCAGGAUCUGAGACUGCCUUUAACAAACCCAGCAAGAAAAAUUAACACUAUACUACAGCUAAAACAUGUAAUUAUAAAUGAAUCUAAAGCAUUACCAUAGAAAACAACUUGUUAGUUUGUUUGAACACUGUAACCAUUCAAUAGCACGUUUAAAUGAUAUUAAUAAUUAGAUUUUUCUUAUGUACCUCAAUGUACUUUUUAAUAUUUUUAAGAAACAUUUCUUGAAUUAAAAAAGGCUUUAAACAAUUAAAA